UUGGUGAGUUGUAUCUCUGUUUGAAGUUCUAUAAUCAACCCUAAUUUGCUUCCUCUAUGUUUAAUGUACAGAUUUUGAAGCAUGAUUGGCCAGCAAGAUGGCAAAGCUUUAUUCCUGAUCUUGUUUCAGCUGCUAAAACUAGUGAAACAAUUUCUUCUAAGUGAAGAGGUGUUUGAUUUCUCAAGAGGAGAGAUGACUCAAAGUAAGAUAAAGGAGCUUAAACAAUCAUUGAACAGUGAAUUUCAACUCAUUCAUGAGCUAUGCUUAUAUGUACUAUCAGCGUCUCAAAGAACUGAGCUUAUACGUGCAACACUCUCCACAUUGCACGCAUUUCUCUCAUGGAUUCCCCUGGGAUAUAUAUUUGAGUCUCCAUUGCUUGAAACGCUGCUGAAUUUUUUCCCCAUGCCAUCGUAUCGGAAUCUCACUCUUCAGUGUUUGACAGAGGUUGCAGCACUUAAUUUUGGAGAUUUCUACAAUGCCCAGUACGUUAAGAUGUACACCAUAUUCAUGACACUGUUACAGACCAUGAUUCCUCUUAAUACAAACAUUCCAGAGGCUUAUGCAAUUGGUUCCUGCGAAGAGCAGGCUUUUAUUCAGAAUUUGGCUUUGUUUUUCACUUCAUUUUAUAAGGUGAUUUACCUGUUGUGA